GGUAGGCCCAUUAGUACCUACCUAGGUAUAUCAUGUAUGAGAUCACCCUUCAAUAGCCGCCCACUAAAACUCACCCCCAUCCCGCCAGCCCGUAGCAGCUACCUAGCCCGCGUGCGUGCUCUCAUAAAAUCCAAGACAUGUCUCCUUUGUUAAAAAGGUAACCUUCCACUCCCAACCUUGCCCGGCGCACAGCCGUGAACUUGGCCACAGCAAUGUCGACAGCUCGCCUGACUUUCUUGUAUCCCCAUCUCUUGCGAGCUGCUCGCCUAGCUGAGUCCACGGCAACACAGCCCGCGAAGACCCGAUAUCGCACCCGGCCCCGUCACUCCAGCCAGUACAACACCCCUUCGUUUUCCACCUCCGCACGACGCCGCCAGGCACCCUUUGAGAGACAUGGCAGUGCUGUUGAGCCCUUACCAGUUGCUCCCGAUGUCGUGAAACUGCCCAAAUCCGACACGAGCGCCGCUCCCCGGCUGCCCGAUCCGACCCCGGACCCAUCGCUUGACAAGACUAAGAAAGGGUCGGCCGAGAACGGCAAAGAGUCGGAUGCGCCGCAGCAAACCGACGACAUUCCACCUAGCGAUGCGACUAAAGAGGCCACACCAGAUGGCAAGGACGCGGCCUCGACAGGGCCCCCCAAGGCCACCCCGGAUGAGACGAUAGAGCGUAGCGGGCCAAUGGAGGCAGUCCUUCACAUGCCGCCUCCAAACGAGUCACAACACCCUCACAUAUCUAAGCCCACCUACGUGCAUCAUUUCGAUAGCUACACGCUCGUGAAACAGCUACAGGUUGGCGGUUAUACCCAGGCCCAGGCCAUCACCGUCAUGAAGGCCAUUCGGGCACUCCUGGCGCAAAACCUGGAUGUCGCGCAGGAAGGAUUGGUGGGGAAAAGCGAUGUCGACAACGAAACGUAUCUCUUCCGCGCUGCGUGCUCCGAACUCAGCUCCGAGGUCACAAACAACAGAAGGACUGCCGACGAACAAAUGCGCCAACAACGAACUCAAUUGCAACAUGAAGUCGACAUCCUCAGUCAGAGCAUGUCGCAAGACAUCAUGACGCUCAAGGAUGAUGUCAAGGGUAUGUUCAACGACCGGAGGAUGAAUGUGCGAGAGGAACAGAGGAACAUGGAGAGCGCUAUUCAAAAAAUCAAUCUCAAGAUCAGCGUUAUUCUAAACAGCGACUCAAGAUCCGAAAUCGAAGGGCUGCGCUGGGUGCUGAUCAGGCGGUCUGUUUUAGGAAUACUAUUCAUGGCAGUCCUAACCCUGACGACGAUUCGGUACACCACAUAUCUCAGCCACGAGAGACAGCGGGAAGCGAAAGAGAAGGCACAGCUAGAGGAAGAGCAGAAGAGGACCGGCGGCAGAGAAGAUCGUGCAGCGCCCAUAGAUGCGGCGGCGAUCCUGGCGGCGAAUUGAGUGAAGAAAAUAAAAAAUAAAAAUCGUGAUACCCUUGGAUAUAGACAGGCAAAGCGGUACAUAUAGAUAAAAACAAAGUUGCCACUAGUAGUAGCAACGCUUUGGGUCAAUAGAACACCUUUUUGAAUAUGUAAUGAUG